AGGUAAAUGUAGCUUUAAAUGUAGCGCGGUCACGGAUAGGCUGCUGCUGGCAGUUUGAUUGACAGGCGAUCUGACCAAUCGUCACGCGUUGUUAUGUGCCUCCGUUGCUAUCCGCCAUUUAAUCCGACAAACAAAACAGUCCGACAACAAGCAUGUUAGGCGUAGUAAACUAACGUCGGUUGUUCACUUGGAAAAUGGUGAAAAGGUGCACGUAUGUGGCUUGCAACGCAGACAGCAGGUACCCAGAAAGGCUGGGCAACAUACAGUUUCACCCGUUCCCUAAACCUGCCAGAAAUCUGCAGAAGUGUAUGAAGUGGAUAAGUUUGUGUGGCCGGCCUCAGCAGCAGCUCUGUGACAGGCUGAGAAACCAUUCCACAGCCAAACACAUCUAUGUGUGCUCAAAGCACUUCGUUGACGGCCGGCCGACACCUGCUCACCCCGAUCCUCUGCCAGCAUUGAUAGAUAACUGUAGUAUGUUGAGAACAGUGUCUGUGCCACCAAGGGAAGGACUACGAGAUGACCGCAAACCACACAAUGCUGAAAACAUCAGGUGCGAUCUACAAGGCGUUUCCAUUGUUAUUAAAAAAGAGAUGGUAGCAGAAUCAAUCAUGGAGGAUACCACUAAAGAGGAGAGCACUAUGGUCAUUAAAAUGGAGUGCACAGAUGACCAACCCCAGACAGAAGAAACACAGGUGGAACUGGAAAGACUGAAGACUCUUCUUGCUCAAAAAGAAAAAGAAAAUGACUUGCUAAGAGAGAAAAUACAAGCUCAUCAGGCUCUUUACCCACUAACACCAGAGACUGUAAAUAACAGCAGUGUCCCUAACUACUUCAAAUACUGCACUGGGUUCACUUAUGAUGAAUUUAACAAACUGUGCAGAUUUUUCGCCCUUCCAGAUAAUGAAACAGUCCCACAAACACACAUCCCCUUGACAUGUGAUAAACUGAACAGGCACAUCCGCCACAUGCCUUUACGUCAACAAUUUCUACUUGUACUUAUGAAACUAAGACAAAACUACGACCUGGAAGAGCUAGCUUUCAAAUUUCAAAUUGAUAUGCAAAGUGUUAGGACUUUAUUCAGUUCAUGGAUUGACUUCAUGUAUGACAGGCUAGGUAAUCUGUCUGUUUGGCCACACAGGGACAUCAUUGCCGACAACAUGCCCGACAACUACAAAGCAGAGUUUCCAACAACUUUUGCCAUUCUUAAUUGCACAGAGAUAAAGAUAGAGAAACCUAGCUCACUGUUAGCACAAAGUCAGACUUGUUCUAACCGUAAGUCUACUAACACACUCAAGUCUCUGAUAGCCUGUGAUCCUCAUGGCUCCAUCAUGUUUGCAUCUACGCUAUACACAGGAUCAAUUUCUGACCAAGAGCUGUUUAGACGGUGCGAAAUCAAAGAUUUACUGAAAGGUCUGCUUCAGUGUGGCCACCUUAAGAGAGGUGAUGGGCUGAUGGUGGAUAAGGGGUUUCUCAUUGAGAAAGAUGUGAAGGAGCUUGGCCUUCAACUAAACAUUCCUCCAUUUGCAAAUCUUCACAUGCCAGUCCCAGAUGUUCAGAUAGCAAAAAAAAUAGCCAAACACAAAGUGCAUGUAGAAAGAGCAAUAGCCAACGUCAAAAAAUUUAAGAUAGUGUCUGGUAGAAUCCCUAAUUACAUGUUAGAAAAUAUAAAUCAGAUAUGGUUUGUGGUGUGUAUGUUGUCUAAUUUCCAGCGACACAGCAUUCAGGCAUAGGUUGCUGAAGAACCCACAUAGGGACAGCAAAGUGCUGCAGUUAAUUCAUGGCCAUGAUUUCUCUCUGCCUGUCACGCAAGUUAUUAUAAUAAAUUUGCAUUUUGUAUCCCAUUUUUAACCUUUCAGAUUCUUGUUAUAGUGUGAAUGUUUUUCUUUUGUAAUGAUAAUAAUUCAGUCUUAAUCUGUAUCACUGUUUUUACCUGGUAGCUCAAACCACUUGCAAGAGGGUACUUUUCCUGACCUACUGCAUCUAUUGGUGGCCUGUUUGCUAUGUAGCUCACAAGGUGUCCCUGUCCAAAUCCUCAUUUGCCACUUUAGACAAAGCUCUGCAAUGUACAAAAUUCACAUCUACUUGUCAUAAAAGUUUAGAUUACUGGUACUCCAACACCACAGUAAGGUGCACGGUUUAUCAUAUUUGGUAUUUCUAUCAUUAUUUAUAAAUCAUGAAAACAGCUCACCUACCAUUGCUGUAGUGACAGAAGUUGGAUAUGUUUUCGGUUUGGAAGUUCACCCCCACCACAACAGCUGUUACGGGCA